CCACGAGCCCCGCGUCGCUCGCUCCGUCUCCCACCGCCUCUUCCUCCUCCCACUCGACGAUCUCGCGAACGGCGCAAAUGGCGAGCGACGGUGCGGCGGCCUCGCCGGCGAAGGCGACACCCAAGAAGGCCAACCUCCUCGACACCCACUCCAUGAAGCACCUCCUUGACGAGACCAUCUCCGACGUCGUGAAGAGCAAGGGCUACGCGGAGGACACGCGUCUGGGCAACUGGAAGCUGGGGAUCGGGGCCGCCGUGAUCGCCGUCGCCCUCCUCGCGCAGUUUUACCCCAAGAAGUUCCCGCAGAACCGCGAGUUCCUCCUCUUCUGCAUCGCGCUGUAUGUGGUGCUGAAUGUGGUGCUGCUGAUCCUUAGCUACACCAAGGAGAAGGAUGCCAUCCUCUUCACCCAUCCUCCGGCGGGUUCUUUCAACAGCACUGGCCUUGUUAUUUCUUCUAAGCUACCAAGAUUCUCGGACUUGUACACUCUCACAAUAGCCAGUGCGGAUCCACAGUCUAUCUCAGCCAAUAAGCCAAUCCAUCUCACUAAGAGCGUGGCAAAGUGGUUUACUAAGGAAGGAAUUCUUGUGGAAGGCCUGUUCUGGAAGGAUGUUGAGAGGCUGAUCGAUGACUACAACAGCGAGCGCAAGAGUAAAUGAAUUGAUGGCUCGUGUCUCUGACCAUCUGGAGACAUCAUUUGUCUAGGGAAAUCCCUUUUGAGGAAGAAAGCUUAGCCUAAUCAGAAUAGACAUUUUGUGAUACUGUACUGGUUGACUAGUGAAAUGAAUACCGUUCAUAAACCUUGGUCUGAGCUUUCUACCAUGUCUACCAAUUGUAAUCUAGUCGCUCUAUAUCCUUAAACCGUGGCCUGGGCUCACAACUAUGUUCGUUCCGGUGUCCUUGUCACCGGAUCAUUUUCCAACAUAAAUGAAAUAGCCGUUGAAGCACUUUUACAUCU